GGUAGGUUGUAGGCAUAAGCAGUAGCCCACAUGGAGGGGUGCCACCGGCGGCGGCAUGAUGGUCCUCCUAUCCCGGCGCAGGGUGUGGCCGUCGACUUCGCCGCCGCCGGCGACCUACGGGAACUACAGGUAGAUAUUGGUGGCGUGAUCAUGCAAGCAAGCAAGGCAGCAGCUAGGAUACAAACACGCAGAUGAUGCUCGUCAAGCACGGUGGCGUCCGCGUCGUGUCCCGGCGCACGGUGCGCCCGUUCACGCCGCCGCCGAUGGUGAACGGCAACAGCUGCCAUCCGGCUAAGGAGGAGGUCGAGGUGAUCCACUUGACGCCGUGGGACCUACGCCUGAUCAGCAUCGACUACAUCCAGAAGGGCAUCCUCUUGCCCAAGCCUCCGGUCUCCGGCGACGUCCUCGUCAACGCCCUCGAGUCAUCGUUCUCGCGUGCCCUCGAGCGGUUCUACCCGUUCGCCGGCCGGCUUGCCUCCGAGGAGCGCGGCGAUGGGACCAUGUCCGUGUUCUUGCGGUGCACCAGCGAAGGCGCCGAGUUCGUGCACGCCGUGGCGCCAGAGGUCGCCGUCGCGGACAUCGUCUCCUCGCUGUACACGCCACCGGCAGUUUGGGCGUUCUAUUCGAAUUCGUUCGACCAGGUUCUCGGCGCCGACGCCGCCAUCAAGUCCCUCCCUUUGGUGUCCGUGCAGGUCACCGAGCUCGCCGACGGCACCGCAUUCUGGCACUUCCUCAACACCUGGUCGGAGAUCCACCGACGAGCCGGAGGCGGCGUUGGCGUCAGCGACGACGACCUGCGCGAUCUCUCGACGCCGCCGCCGGUGCUCCAGCGAUGGUUCGUCGAGACCUGCCCCGUGCCCAUCCCCAUGCCAUUCAGCAAGCUUGAGCACAUCGUGAAGAAGUUCGAGCGAACGGCCGUGCAAGAAUGCUUCUUCACCUUCUCCGCCGCGAGCGUCAAGAAGCUCAAGGCUCAGGCGAACGCCGAGAUCGCCGGCACGGACACUGCCGCCGCCACCAUCUCCUCGCUCCAGGCCGUCCUCGCCCACCUCUGGCGCGCCGUGUGCCGAGCCCGUCGCCUCCCUCGAGAACAGGUCACGUUCUACUCCGUCGUCGUCGGAUGCCGGGGCCGCGUCAACGGCAUACCGCCGGGAUACGUCGGCAACGCCAUGGUGUUCGGCAAGGCGGUGGCCACCGCCGGCGAGAUCGAUGACAAGGGUCUGGGCUGGACGGCGUGGUUGCUGAACCGCGCCGUGGCCUCGUUCGACGAGGCAAGCAUGAGGGAGUCGCUGGAGUCGUGGGUCCGGAACCCGGACUUCACGUACAUGGGCAACCUGUCCUCCGCCGGCACGGCGCUGGUCACCGGAAGCUCGCCGAGGUUCGACGUGUUCGGCAAUGACUUAGCAAAUAUUUAUUGUAGCAACACAUGAUGAAAUGGACUAAUUAGGCUUAAUAGAUUUGUCUCGCCCGUUUAGCCUCCACUUAUGUAAUGAUUUUUGUAAAUAGUUUACGUUUAAUACUUCUAAUUAGUAUCUAAACAUUCGAUACGACGGGUGCUAAAAAUUAGUUAUAGAAACCGAACACCACUUUUCCGGUACGGAGGGAGUA